AUGGACUCAUUGGACGACGAGAGCGGCGGCGAUGGACACGACUCGGAGGGUGAGUACGAGGACGCGCACGGACUCCCUGUGCGGACACACAUAGCCAGCCCACAGCUCCCGGUGCUGAUGUCAUGGGUGCAUGUCGGCGCCGAACAACAGUUGGCCCACAAAACGCUGGUGCGAUCGGCGGCCAGUCCUAACGUGUCGGCCGGGCAGGUGAUCCGCACCACCAACGGACAGACGGUGGUGUUCACGUCAAUGGCGGGCGGGCACGGCCUGAAGCAAGGCACAACUCAGGCCAUAGCUGUGCCCCAAGCGGGUGGUGGCGUAUCCAUAGUCCAGUUACAGAUACCGGCCAAUCAGACAAACGUCGUGCAAUCGGUCAUACAGCCAAACCAGCAGUCGGUGAUCCAGGCCACUGGCGGCGCCCAAACCGUACAAACUGUUCAGUUGCCCAAAGGGAACGUCAUACUACUGAAAGGACAGGGAGGCCAGGGCUCAGUCAUACACAGCGCUGAUACGGACGGCGGUGUACACCACGGCCUACAGAUCAUCUCGAAGUCAGACGACGGCGAGGAGACGAUAACGCCCGUCAUCUUCGAGGACGAGUCGCGUAAGCGCCGGGAGAUCUUAGCCCGACGGCCGUCGUAUCGCAAGAUAUUAAAUGACUUGUCGUCGACGGAGGCCGCGGGCGCCGUGACAGCCAUUCCAGCGGAGAUCAAGCACGAGGAGGACCGGGAGGGCGGGGGCGACGGCACGGCCACCAUCCAAGUGGGCGGACAGUACCUGAAAGUGUUGCCGGCGUCGGCCAUACAGCUGGGCUCACAGGAUGGCACCCUUCAAGGCAUACAGACGCUCACGAUGACCAACGCCGGCGCUGGCGCUACCGGCGCUAUAGUACAAUACGCCACUCAGGGCCAGGACGGCCAGUUCUACGUACCUGUCACUGUCUCGGCGGCCGACCUCCAGGCCUACCAAAUCCGGACGCCAUCGCAGACGGGUAUCACCCAAGGGGUGGUGAUGACGUCGACGGGCGGUCUGCAAGGGGGUCAAGUGGUGGUCGAGGAAGCCUCCAAGAAGCGCGAGCUCAGGCUUCUCAAGAAUAGGGAGGCGGCGAAAGAGUGCCGACGCAAGAAGAAGGAGUACAUUAAGUGCCUCGAGAAUAGAGUAGCGGUUCUGGAGAAUCAAAACAAGGCUCUCAUCGAAGAACUCAAGUCUCUGAAAGAGCUCUAUUGCCAAAAAGCCGACUAAACACAGCGACACGACAUCUACCCGCCCGCCCCCGGCCCUCCCACCGGUUCAGUCGAUUUGUUUUUAUUGGGAUUUUCUUAUUUUGAAUGAAUUAUCGUUUUCGACACAAAUUCCUAAAACUUCGUUGAAAAGCAAAAAUAAGUUAUAAAAUAGUGUUUCGUUUUGUUUGUUAUGUUUAAACCGGGAUUCGCGCGAAUCAAUCAAUUUUGACGUUUCAAUCAGUGCUCCAAUCAAUCAAAACUAUCCAUUCAAUUGUCUUUAUUUCAUACCAUUUCUCGUGUCCAACAGAUCCGUGUUUUUUUUCGUACCCAUUGUAUCGACUAAUUAUCGCCACCUUUUAUAGCCA